AUGCCUCCCAAAGCCAUGAUAUUCGGUCUCGAGUCACGAGAUUUUGGUGGCUUGCGGGGUGGCCAAGCCCGCCGACAAUCACCAUCACUGCCAUAUUUCCCUAGCUUCAACGAUUCAUCCUCAUUGACAGGUGUCAACUACACUGGUAGACUUCCUCUCUAUAGCUCGACGGCUCGCCUUGCGUCUACAUGCCUCUUCAGAAACGUGAUAGGCCGAAACAAGACUCCGGGCCGCAGAUCCUUACCCGUCGCGCCGAGUGUCGUGAGGAAAAAGAAGUCCAGUGCCACGUUCAGACUCUCGAACCCGCAGACUCAGCUACAAAGUGCAAGACAUUCAAAAAAGCAAGAAAAGGUUCGGCUGAACGAGGCUCAAAGUCUCUGGUCCUGA